CGGGGAGGAGGGAGUAUCCUUUUAAAAUUCCCUACGGAUCUUUUGGGUAUAAAUAGGAGAUACUGUAAAUGAUCAGAUCAAAUCCCAGAGUUACUCUCACCGGUACCUUAAAGUUGACGACAGAGAACAGAAAUGGAAAGUUUGAAACUUUUGAUCUUAGUGGUGGUGAUGCUGUUUGCGCAAGUUCACUGCGCUGAAGAAACGUCAUCGAGUCAGGAGCAAGAAAAUUGGCCGGCAGACAGCUGGCGGAAGGAACCCCCGGAAAACAACCUUGCACAUCAAGUUGCAGAACUCAUUAAGAGGUCGAAAUCUCAUCAGUUCUACGGGCUUAUGGGGAGGCGUUCAGGGGCUCCACGGGCUGUGCCAAUGGGUUACAAAAGACAUAAAGGAGAGAUGUUUGUAGGUCUGAUGGGCAGGAGAUCCUCCAGUGGAGAAUUAUCAGAAGAAUUGGACAGACCUCAGUAUUAUGCCAGAAGACGUAAAUAGAUUCUAAACAUCAUUUAAACAAACCUCGCCUUGUACACCUCUUCCUUCCUCCCUCCUUUGUUCUUCAUAGCCAAUAGACCAAUCAUUAUAAAGCAUAAACUCGAGUAGACUUCAAAAUCUGUUGAAACAUCAACACACCUUUACUGAAACACAAACUCUGAGAAAUAAAUGCACACUAACUCACUCACUUACUUCACUGGACAUCCAGAAUCCGAUGUCUGCUUUAGGAAACACCGGGUGACCCAGUGGUAAACUAGGGAUGCUGCAUUUAGCUUUGAAUGACUGAUCUUUGGUUUAAACCCUGCUGCUUUUCUUCACUGAUUUAGGUAGAAGCAAGACAUCUAUUGAGAGCAUCUUAAUGGCACAGGCCACUCUUUCCUAACUAAUAUAAUACUGUUUUUAAUCAGUACACUGAUGAAGUCUACGUUUUUCUGAAUUGUGGUUCUGCAUUCAUAAUAUAUUCUUUUAGCAGUAUUUUAUUUGUCAUUUCAGAAUUUACAACCAGCAUUGAGACAUAGGAGUAUAUCUUUUGUUUGCUUUCAAGUGAAUUAAUUUGUAUUUUAAGUGAUUUCAAUAAACAUCCAUUUAAGCUAAUGCCUUUUUGCAUGUAAAAACAAAAAAGAAAAUCAUAGUAUUCUGAUAUAUAUAUAUAUAUAUAUAUAUAUAUAUAUAUAUAUAUACAUAUAUACAUAUAUACAUACACACACACACAAGCUGCAUAUCUCUGUUUAAGUCAAAUGCAGCCAUGAUGGGACAUCUAAUUUUAUAAAACUAACAAAGUGACCUGAAAUUACGUGAUGUGAAAAUUUAGAUGUCAACAUUUUAAAUUGGGAAUGGCCACAUAGAGUACUAGACAGGGCUGUAAAACAGAAGGAUUUUGUUGCUUAUUGGUUUGUAGGUCCAUUUGAACAGUGGAUUCAAUUCUCCCCUCACUUCGAAUGCAAAAUGAAUAUACCGUGACUAAGAUGAACUAGCUUAGACUGCCAUAAAACACACUUGCUGUACUUCAAUGCCAUUAAAAAAAGCAGAUCAGGAUUUUACACCACAUAUUUCAGUAAGAGUCAAGGGUGUUUCUUGUGUCUUGAUCAUAUUUCCUGUGUUUGCACUACAGCCUUAUUCAGGUAUCCUGUUUUUACAGGAUCCAGAUGAUCGGACACCAACCAAACUUAAAUUCCACGACACUGUUGUCUUUCUAUUUCUUUGUAAUUACAUGAAUUCGUCUUUAAGAUAUGCUUGUAAGUAGAUGUUGCUUUGAAUUUAAAAAAAUAUAUAUAUGGUUGUAAUAAAAUUCAUGUAACAUACAAUAAAGUGUGUUGUACAACUUACAUUAAAAGUCUUUUCAUUGUUAUUUUCUAAGAUCAUCUCAGUCUUAAUAUAAAACAAAUAAGAGGGAAAAGUCAAACCAGUAAUAAGUAUACCAGAGUAAGUUUUAAGCUCUGAUCUGAUACAAAUAAUUAAAAGGUACGCUCAUUGAUAGUUGUAAGUCUGAUUAGUUUAUUAGUCCUACUUGCUAUUGGGGUGUUG